UGUGAAAGUACAUAAUGGCGGCCAGUGAACACUAGUAACAGCUGUGUGGUGACUUACUAGAUACUCGACAGUGACAUUCACGUGUUUUUUAGCCGAUUCCCACGUUCGCGUACAUUAUUUUAUUAACUCACCCUCACCAAUGACAAAUCGAGCAGAUUAAAUUCGUGCUUAGUGUUCAGCGAAAGGGAUAAGUCCAAGUGUUUGCGAAAAUUAUAGGUCAUAGUGUCGCAAUUUUCAAGUUUCAUUGUAUCGACUGAAAAUGUUUACUAAUUUCUAAGAGAUUUAAAAUUUAAAAAAUCAACUAAUGGACAAGAAUACUCGUCGAUCUUCUAGAGAAAACAUCGUGAAGAUGUCAAAUUGCAAUCGCAGCAAGGGUCCAAUUCCACCUCGAUGGCUUCACUGUCCACGCAAAGCGGUCAAAUUAAUCCAAAAUAAGUUUCUCGCUUUCAAGACACCGUUGUCGUCUGCGUACGACAAUCAGGUACCAGAAGAAUGUCGUUUCACAUUGGAUAUGUUGUUCGCAUCAUUAAAGAGCCAAAAGCUAAAGUUGGGCCUGUGGAUCGAUCUAACAAAUACUUCAAGAUUUUACGAUAAGAAAAGUUUGGAAGCGUACGGUUGUAAAUAUUUAAAGCUACAAUGUAGAGGUCACGGCGAGACUCCUUCAGAAGAACAAACAUGGACUUUCGUACAAGUCUGUAAAAAUUUCAUAUUGUACAAUCCAUUGGAAAUUAUUGGUGUUCAUUGUACGCAUGGUUUCAACAGAACUGGCUUCCUUAUAAUUAGUUAUUUGGUAGAAAAUGAUGGUACCAGCGUCGAUGCUGGCUUGGUGGAAUUUGCUACAGCGAGACCACCAGGUAUAUAUAAAGCUGAUUAUAUACAAGAGUUAUUUAGACGUUACGAUGACAUAGAAGAUGCUCCUGCACCUCCACCUAAGCCAGCAUGGUGUCUAGAAUAUGAUGAUUCCAAUGUGGAAGAUACGGAUGCAGGACCUAGCUUUGAAGGCGCUAACCGUAGUCAAACUUUACCUCCUGUUCAACAGAGAAAGCGUGAACACAUUAAUAGGAACCCUAUAUUCAUGGCUGGCGUACCUGGUGUAACUGCCAUUUUAGACGAACGAAAGUUAAGUGGAAUACAAAGACGAGUUCAAGAUAUAUGUUCUUGGAAAAUGUCAGGAUUUCCUGGUUCUCAACCAGUUUCUAUGGAUGAGGAAAAUAUUAGGUUGUUGCAUGAGAAACCAUACAUGGUAUCGUGGAAGGCAGAUGGAACCAGGUAUAUGAUGUUGAUACAAGCAGACGGAGAGAUUUAUUUUGUUGAUAGAGAUAAUAGUGUGUUUCAAGUUACUGGUUUGACUUUUCCGCAUCCAAGAGAUGUAUCUAGAACUCUUAGAGACACAUUAUUGGAUGGUGAAAUGGUGAUUGAUAAAGUAGAUGGAAAAGAGAUUCCCAGAUAUUUAGUGUACGAUGUAGUUAUGUAUGAUGGCAAAGAUGUGAGUAAAUUGCCAUAUCAUCCGGAUCGUUACUGUACUAUCGAACGGGAAAUUAUGGGUGGUAGACAUAAAGCACUCAAAGAGGGAAGACUGCGUAAAGAAAAGGAACCUUUCGCAGUACGGUUAAAAUUCUUUUGGGAUGUGACACAGGCGGCUAGUUUGUUAAGUGACAAGUUUGCCAAACAACUUGGUCAUGAACCCGAUGGUUUAAUAUUUCAACCAUCUAAAGAACCAUAUUGUCCAGGACUAUCUAAAGAAGUGUUGAAAUGGAAACCCUUAUCACAUAACUCUGUUGAUUUUAAAUUGAAAAUAGUUACAGAAUCUGGUGUAGGAAUUCUUCCAAAGAAAGUAGGACAUCUAUAUGUGGGUGGAGCAGACAUGCCAUUUGGUCAAAUGAAAGUCACCAAAGAGAUAAAGGAUUUGAAUAACGCAAUUAUAGAAUGCAAAUUUGAAAAUGGCCAAUGGGUUUUUAUGCGCGAAAGAACUGAUAAAUCAUUUCCUAAUUCUAAAACUACAGCUAAGUCUGUAUGUAAAACUAUCGGCAAACCUAUAACAACGGAACGUCUUGUAGAUUAUAUUAAUAGACAUAGAUUUUUGCAAGAUGAUUCAGAUCUUAUGCCACCACCGAGCAACAGAAGAUCAUAAAUCGCAGUCAAUUAAUUGCUGUUCCAUCAAUAUUAUUAGUUACUUAGAAUUAAAGCAUGGUACAUUUAUCGUAAUGUUUAAAACAGUUUACAAGCAUGAACUACUUUUGCCUAGCUCAUUGUAUUCGUAGAAAGUUGUUUUAAUUGCUGUGAAAUCUUACAAAUUUGAAAUUGUUCAUUUAAUAAAGAAUCUUCAUAAUAA